GCCUGCAGAAUACAACGAGGCCUGGCGGAAAGCCGCCAGUCACCGGUACACUAAUUACCUAAGCCAUUCCCCUGUACUGCCAUCGGCUUCCACUUCCUUCUGUUCGGCUCUUCUUCAAUGACAUGGAGGCCAGACCGCGAGAAAACACUAUCACGGAUACUUCCCCCCCAUCCGCGCUGGAUGCACAAACAAACUUCUUUCAAAAACGUCCAGCUAUCACCCAUUUUGCAGUGCUAGUAGUGUUUUUGACACCACUCGCUGCCCUACCAUAUCUGCUGUCCAAGAGACGCAUAUCUGCUCUAUCUAUAAGGCUGGACGAACUCUCAGCCACUACUACUGCUUUGCGGAAGGAAUUGAAGACUUCUGCGACUGAGAAUGCCAUUCAGAAGGUGGAAUUACAUCGUACUUCAGUCUCACUUGAGGCUGCAAGGUCGGAAGUCGUUCAGCUGCGUCGCAGCUUCAAACACCUUCGUGCGGAACGCGAUGCGUUCGAUAUAACAACGCAGAACACUCUGAAGCAACUUCGUGAGGAGAGAAAGCUGACCAGCGAACGCCUGGCACUUCUCCCGCAGCUGGGUAUCUCACUGGCUGAUGUUGCCGCAUUCAUGUACGAAGUAGAGUUGUAUCAUGGCACUACGCCGAGUGCCAUCGAUGGUCAUGGUGUUGAAAGGCUUCGCCGACUUGCACUCAAAUUCUGCACAGCGCAGUCGGAGGGGCCGAGGUAAGUACCUGCAACCGGAUACCCAGAGUCGAUUAUAACGGAAGUCUAAACAUUUUCACGAUUCAUUCAUGGUGUACCGAUAGCUGGCCAACCGCAGUAUUAUUUCUGUAGGCCAUGCCGAUUCUUGCGAGGUCCAGUAAAUUCACUUCAUACGUACGAAGGUAUGGCUAGGGGAGACUAGCACAUUCAUGAUAUUUUGAUUACGACAACAGGAAAGCAUUUCCAAAACACU